GGCCUAAUGCAUUAGAAAAAUUCGUAGAUAAAUUGGAAAUAGAGCUAGCAGAAAUUCAAAAAGAUUUAUCCGCACCUGCCGAAAUGGUUAUGGAACCUGGGGACUAUACAAGGCAUAGAAUGGCAACGGAAUGCUGGAUUUGCAAUAAAGAUUUUUCGGCUUGCAAAGAAAAAGAUAUGGUAAAUAUAGAGCUAUCCAAAGUUCGGGAUCAUUGCCAUAUUAGCGGUAAGUAUAGAGGUCCUGCCCACAGCGAUUGCAAUAAAAAAUUACAAAUGGGCGCUUUCAAAACCAAAGUACCUCUUAUCUGUCAUAAUUUCCGAGGCUACGAUUCUCACUUGCUUAUAGAAGUUGUCGGCAGAUUUACUUCCAAUAAGCUUAAAUGCAUUCCGGAAAACAUAGGCAAAUAUAAGGCUAUGGAUGUUGGUCAAUUGCGCUUUUUAGAUAGCUUUCAGCAUAUGUCUAUGGGGCUUGAUAAGCUUGUUGAGUGUAUGAACGGCAAUCUAGAAAAGUUCCCCCUAACUAAAAAGCAUUUUGCCGAUAAAGGCUACUCAUUAGAGCAAAUCAAAUUUCUAUUUCGAAAAGGGGUUUUUCCAUAUGACUGGACCAAUUCUUGGGAUAAAUUCGAAAAAACGGCUUUACCGCGCAGAAAAGAUUUCUAUUCUCUACUUAACCAGCAAAACAUUAGUAAGGCAGACUAUACCUAUGCCCAAGAAGUCUGGCAAAAAUUCGAAAUGAAAACUUUUGGCGAAUAUCAUGAUUUAUAUCUUGAAACAGAUGUACUCCUACUUGCGGACGUUUUUAUGAAUUAUACCAUUAUGUGUUUGAAAGAUGAUGGCUUAGACCCAUCCCAUUACGUUUCAGCUCCUGGUAUGUUUAAUGAUUCUUUAUACAAAAGUAGCGGAGCCGAAAUAAAACUUCUGACAGACCUAGAUCAAUAUAU